AUGGCGCAAGAACCGAAGCAAGAACGGUCUAUGACUGCGCGGGUUGGUAGAGACAAGCAGAGGUAUGGGCCGAACGGCGAACGACUGGUAGCCGGUGUUGUCCCGCUUUCAGCAGACAGGACGAAAGUACUUCUGAUCGAGAGCUCCGGCCGCAAGGGCUGGGUGCUACCGAAGGGCGGCUGGGAGACGGAUGAAGCCACGCAGGAAGCCGCUGCCCGUCGUGAGGCAUGGGAGGAAGCCGGCAUAGAGACGGUAGUGGAGAAGGAUCUGGGCGAGAUCGAGGAGAAGCGAACCGAAGCUCAGAUCAAGAAGUACGGAGCCACAGCACCUCGAGCUAGCUAUCGUUUCUACGAGGUAAAGGUGACGGAGGAGAAGAACAGCUGGCCAGAGAUGCACAAGCGAGACCGGCAGUGGAUGUCGUAUGCUAAAGCACGAGAGUGCUUACGGGAACGUCCAGAGCUACUCGAGGCUUUGGAAAGGAGCAGCGUUAAGCGGAGCUGA